AUGUUAGCUAAAACCUCUAUAAAAGCCAAAGGUAAUAAACCUGCCACAUCAAAAAAUUGGAAAUUUGACCAAAAAAGCCAUCUAAAUGCACUCAACAUACUUGCUAACCCUGAACAUCCUAGUGUACAUGCAACUGCUCGAAGAUUUAAUAUUACAGAGGCAACUCUUAGACGUGCAGUUAAAAAUAAUAGUUUGCCCAAACGUCCUGAUUCUGAAACUGUUCUGAGUACAUAUGAAGAAACACAACUAGUAGGUUAUUGCAAGAAUAUGCAAAAAUUGGGAUUUGGAUUGACAAGAUCGGGAAUAAAUCAUUGUAUAAUGGAGAUCGUGUGCAGUGAUAAACAUGAUUAUCCAUUUACUAACAAAGGGCCGGAAAGAGCUUGGUGGUCAUCAACUUUUUCCCACGACCUCUCUCUAGAGUCUUUUUCUUUUGAUAAUGAAUCUCAUGAAGUACUGUUAGAGGAAACAAGCGAAGUGCCGUUGGAGUUAUUUGAUCAUAAUAAUAUUGGUUUAACUGAAAAUCCUGAAGAAAUUUUGCCCAGCGAGCUUUUUGAACAGGAAAAUAGACUACUUUAUCCGAUAGCACCAGAAAUGUCUUUUAACACUUGA